AUGGGAACGUGGUUGUCUUGGUGCCAGGAAGUUCCGCUGAUCUCUCGAAUUUCGAUACCUCGGUCGCUAUCGGACUCUACAUCAAUUGCCGCAGCAUACAAAACGCUGCAUGUGUUUUGCGAUGCUAGCCCGAAAGCGUAUGGCGCUGUUGUUUAUCUAGUGAACGAAAGAGACAAGGGACACUCUGAGGUGAGCCUUCUGCUAGCUAAGAGCAGAGUUGCUCAUGUGAAGCAUGUCUCGCUACCCAGACUAGAGCUCAUGGGUGCUGUCAUUGCCGCACGACUGCUCAGGUGCGUCAGAGCCACGCUAUCCAUGCCCGAGGUAGAAGCAGUCUUGUGGACUGACUCUGAAGUCGCACUACAUUGGAUUCAUGGGUCAUCACAGGAAUGGAAACAAUUUGUUAAUAACCGAGUGGUCGACAUACAGGAGAUCACAGAUUCACGGCAGUGGAGACAUUGUCCUGGUUGCGACAAUCCCGCGGACCUGCUUACCAGAGGCAUCUCUUGUCUUCGUUUGCUGGAUGACAUCUGCUGGUGGCACGGCCCAUCGUGGCUUUCUAACCGCGCCAACUGGCCUCCUCCGUGGUACCAAUCUGACAUGAUCGUCGACGAAGUUCGGAUGGAAGCGAAGCCGGCUACGGUCGGCUGUGCGCCACUCACGACCCACAGUCCCCUUCUCGAUAUUACGGACUUCGGUUCGCUGCAUCGGCUGCUUCGAGUGACAGCAUGGACGAAGCGAUUUCUGUACAACUGUAGCCCCACGGUUAAAAGGGAAGGGGCGCUGAUCGCUGAAGAAUUGGCCGCGGCCGAGACCUACUGGAUACAGAUUGCCCAGCGUCAGCGUUUCGGUGCGAAGCCAACUAAUCACAAGUCACUACAGAGCACUUCGAUUUUCUAUGACGACAACAACAUCAUUCGUCUAAAACGACGCCUGCAAUAG